AUGGAAGUUUGCAAAGGACGGUUGCUUGGCAUUUCGGUGGCCGUUGCGCAUGGAUUUUUUUCGGGAUCGCUGAAUAUUUUGUUAAAAUUCCUCAUCACGACCUAUAGCUUUACAUAUCUAACUUUAAUUCAGUGUCUGACCAGCGGCACUGCGGCGCUCACAUUAGAGGUGCUGAGGAGACUGGGCAAAAUAGAUAUACCACCCUUCAGCCUCCAGUUAGUCAAAGUUUUUGCGAGUGUCUGUAUUUUGUCAACUUUGCAGUCCACAUUAACCCUCUGGUCUCUCAGGGGCCUGAGUUUACCUAUGUAUGUUGUGUUUAAGCGAUGCUUGCCCUUGGUAACAUUGGGGAUUGGAGUGUGUGUGCUGAAGAAUGGGAUCCCAUCAGCUGGGGUAAUAACAGCGGUUCUCAUCACCACUGGAGGAGCAGCACUGGCUGGUGCUGGAGAUCUAACAGGUGACCCUUUUGGCUACGUGACUGGCAUUUUAGCUGUGAUUGUCCACGCCUCCUACUUGGUGCUCAUCCAAAAAACGAGUGCAGACAGUGAUUAUGGGCCGCUCACAGCCCAGUACACCAUUGCAGUGGUGGCCUCUCCCAUUCUCUUCAUCUGUUCCAUUGUAAGUAUGGAUGCCAUUGACAUGUGGACGUAUGAAGGUUGGAAGAACCCGUAUAUCACAGGUAUCUUCUGUACCUGCAUUCUCAUUGGCUGUGCGAUGAACUUCACCACACUGCACUGUACCUAUAUCAACUCAGCCGUCACUACCAGCUUUGUGGGGGUGGUCAAGAGUAUAGCUACUAUCACUGUGGGCAUGUUGGCCUUCAGUGACGUGAUGCCAACCAAACUGUUCGUGGUAGGCGUGGUAGUCAACACCAUCGGCUCCAUCACCUACUGUGCGGUGAAAUAUCAUGAAACCAAAAAGAAGUUAACCUACCAGGAUAUGGACGAGUCCGCUAAAGAUGAAGAACUUCCAGGAGAACCUUAUGUGGAACCAGCCAAGCCUGAUGGAGAUAUGGAAACUCUUCCAAAUGAUCUGGAGAGCGUUCCCAAUGGCAGCCUGACAGCAUCAGUUGACAGCCAUGACCAGGGUCCAAUUUGUGAGAAUAAAGUGGCAGAGUCCAUAGAAUUAGAAAGACCGGGGAUCCCAUCAGACGAUCCUACGAGACAAUCUCUGAGCGACAGUUAUGUAGGGGUCUGGAGAUCCGUUCGCACCUUAAAGUUCUUUAAGAAAGACACUUUACUUGACAACAUGGAGGUUCAAAGUCCUUGAUGAUUGGUUUCCCGCUUGACAGGAGUGCAUGUUAAAUUUAAGGAUU